AUGUUGUUGAAUUUCUAUGAUACACUCUGUCCUCGUUACAGGAAGACUCAGCUUCAGCUGUCGGCGUCGCGAAUCACGGUGAUGCGCAACAAGCGGCAGAACGAGCUCAAGUACAAACGGCGCGAGGUGGCGAUGAUGCUCAAAGGCGGCCAGGAGGCUCGAGCUCGUAUUAGGGUGGAGGAGCUUAUAAGGGAGGAGAACACUAUAGCGGCCUACGAUGUGCUGGAGCUCUUCUGCGAGCUACUGGUCGCCCGCAUCCUCAUUAUAGAGUCACAGAAGACCUGCCCGGUGGACUUGCGGGAGGCGGUAUCGAGCAUUAUUUUUGCUGCCCCGCGCUGCUCCGACCUGCCCGAGCUUGCUGAGGCGAAGAAGCUCUUCCAGCAGAAGUUCGGGCGGGAGUUUGUGAUGGCAGCAGAGGAGCUGCGGCCUGAAUGCGGAGUGAACCGAAUCAUUGUUGCCAAGCUGUCAGUGAGAGCUCCCUCCCCGGAAUCCAAGCUAGAGGCGCUGCAGAAGCUGGCGGAGGAGAACGGCGUGGAGUGGGACCCGGCGAGCAUGCAGAAAGAUCUGUUGGCGAAAUAUGAAGAUAUGAUGUCCACACCUCUUCACAUCCAGAUGCUCUUGCAAUCACUCAUCUUUCUGUCUUUGCCUCACCCCCUUCCCUCCCACCCUUCCCUGCAGGACCCUCGCUCCAACCAGCCAGUCUACACAUCCACCCAUCCAGACGCUCCCAGGACCCCCCCUCCUCACGACUCCACGCCCAACCUUCCCAGCCUUCCCUUUCUCCCUCUUCAUACACACACGCACUCUAACCCACGCCUCCAUUCCCUCUUCCCAUUGCUCUCCCCCUCUCAGGACCCUCGCUCCAACCAGCCAGUCUACACAUCCACCCUUCCAGACGCUCCCAGAACCCCCCCUCCUCACGACUCCUUGCCCAACAUGUUUGGCCCCGGGCAGCCCUACAAUCCCGGGCAGCCCGCAAAUGUUCCGGCAGGCAGCCAGCCGUACGAAACCGGCCCUCCGUCUGCCCCUCCUCGCACAGAAUCGCUGAUUACAGCAGAUGAUUAUGAGAAGCGUUGGGUGGGAGGGGCAGGCGGGCAGGGGCAGGCAAAUAACCCUGCCCACCCCGCUUCUGCUGCUGCUGCCGCUGGUGCUGCUGGUGGUGCUGGUGGUGGUGGCAGUGGUGGUGAUGGUUAUGGUUCUGGUGGUGGGUCAGCUGGUUACACUGGCGUGGGUGGUAACCCUCUGGAUUACCCAGCAUCAUCUGUCCCCAAGUAUGGGGAGGGUAAGGCUUUCAAGAAAGAUGCUAUGGAUUAUGCUCCUAGUAGCUACGGCGGAGGAGGAGGAGGAGGGGGAGGAGGAGGAGGGGGAGGAGGUAUAGCUAGUAACUACCAGAAUCAGGGUAACAAUCCCAGUGGUGCGUUUUCCACAGAGGAGAUUCGGCAGGCGGAAAACGAGGUGGCUAGGGAGUUUGAUCGUGUGGCUGAGGAGAGAGAGCGCCAGAUGGCAGCGAUCCGUGAGUCGUCGGAGCGCGCCAGGCUGGCGGCGCAGCGGGCGGCAGAUGCCGCCCGCAUGGCCGUUGGGGGCGGUGGAAUGGGGGGAGGGGGGAUUGGUGCUGGGUAUGGUUCGGGGGCAGGAGGAGGGGGAGGGGGGAUGAUGGGCGGACAGGGAGGAAUGGCAGUUAACGCUCGUUACGGGCCUAGUGCUUACGGUGGCAUGCCAGGUGGAUCCCCAGGUGGUUCUGUUGCGCCAGGUGUUUCCUCAGGUGGUUCAGGUGGAGGGGGCGGGGUGCAAGAUGGGGAGGACAGUUUGGAUUUGCCAGCUCCCCCUAGAGGCAUCGUGGGGGGAAGGGGAGGCGGAGGGGGAGGGGGAGGCGGAGGGGGAGGAGCAGGGGGAGGGGGAGGAGGUGGGUUUGUGGGGGCGAGUGCGUUUGACGAUUUUGUGGCUAAGUCACCUCGAGCAGGUGAAACUGGUAGUGGCGGAUUUGGGGCAGGAGGAGGAGGAGGAGGAGGAGCAGGUGGGGUGGGAGGAGCAGGGGGAACAGGAGGCAUGGGUACUACUGGGUAUGGAGGAGAGUCAGGAGCAGUACCGGCAAGCCAUGGCACCCCAGCACAUGCUUUCGAUGACUAUGUUGCUCGAUCUCCCAGGGGGGCCAACAAUAGCAACGGCAGUGGUGAUUUCAAUGCCCCGUCCGUCCCUGGUUCGGGCGCCACCCAUUCCUCCCACUCAGGCUCGGAGUUCCCCUCGGUGCCAGGCUCUGGCGGGUAUGGCUCCGGCGCUGGUUCGGGUUACGGUGGAGGAGGUGGGGGGGUAGCCUCGGGGCCAGGUUCGGGGAUGCAGAGUGGUUCGGGGACAACUGGAUUGUCGGGAGAUGUGAUGUCUCUACCUGGCAUUGAUGACCUGGCAGCGAGGUUUGACCGGCUGAGGAAGAGAACGGCUGCAUCGGAUGACCUGUGA